AGUAAUUGUCAUAGCCUUCAUAUGCUGACUUGAUUCCUAUUCGAGAAGUUUCGCAUGAUAUGUAUGAAUUCCGGUUGAAGAAGAGAGAGAGAGAGAGAGAGAGAGAGAGAGAGAGAGGGUGUGUGUGAUGGCGGGGCUGUUCGAUAAGCAAGCGGAGAUAUACGCAGAUGCGAGGCCCACAUAUCCGAGGGAGUGCUACCAGAAACUGGCCGCUCUCACCCCCGGCCAAGCCUUGGCUUGGGACCUUGGCACCGGCAAUGGUCAAGCUGCUCUUGGGGUUGCAGAGCAUUAUCAGCAAGUGAUUGCCAUGGACGUGAGCGAGUCGCAGCUAAAUUAUGCCAUCCCACAUCCCCGCGUUCGGUACUUGCACACUCCGCCAUCCAUCUCUGAUGAUGAAUUGUUAGCCAUUGUUGGUGGUGAGAACUCUGUCGACCUAAUCACCGUGGCUCAAGCCAUCCAUUGGUUUGAACUCCCCAAAUUCUACUCUCUCGUGAAUCCUGUCCUCCGCAAGCUAGAGGGUGUGAUUGCAGUUUGGGGCUAUCAAGCCAUCCAAGUUAGCCCUACCUUUGAUUCGAUACUUAAAAUUUUUUUCGACGCGACGCUUCCGUACUGGAAUUCUAACAUCAGGUACGUGUCCGACCAAUACAAGACACUGCCGUUCCCUUUCGAAAGUGUCGAUUUGGGAUCCGAGGGGAACCCAGUGGCACUCGACAUACCAACGGAGGUUUCUUUCAAGGGAAUCCUGGGGAUCUUGAGGUCGUGGUCCGCGGUGGCGACGGCAAAAGAACAGGGAGUGGAAUUGUUGAGUGAGGGGGUUGUUAGGGAGUUUAAGAGGGCUUGGGGCGGCACGAAGCUUGCGAGGAAUGUGGUCUACAAAGCCUUUAUGCUUGCAGGGAAAGUGAAGAAGUGACCUUCCUCGUAUGAUUAGUGAGGGCAUGUUUGUAAAUUACUUUGAAUAAUAUGGCCACUUCACAUUGUUUAUUAA